AAUGGAGUGUGUGGUAUCUAGUGCUGUGGCGGUGCUGCUGCUGCUGGUGGUACACACGGUAUCAAUGACUCAUGCUGCUUCAACUCAUUCAUCUACUGAUCACUCACAGGUUGUGGCUGAGGCUGACGCUCUGCGCAACUCCGGUUGGUGGAUAUGGAGCGACCCAGCUACCUCGAACCAUUGCAGUUGGUUGGGCAUAACUUGUAAUGAGGCCAAACAAAUCACUGGGAUAAGAUUACGAAAUUAUCAAGUACCCAUAGGUGAGGUUAGUGAAUUAAAUCUUUCUUCACUUCCCAGCCUCAAUUUUCUCAUCCUUUCUAGAAUGGGACUCAAUGGUAGCAUAUCCGACCAAAUAGGUAGUCUUACUAAACUAACCGUUCUUGAUCUUUCUCAUAAUCAAUUGACUGGCCCCAUCCCACACCAAAUAGGUAGUCUUACUAAACUCACCCAUCUUGAUCUUUUUGAUAAUAAACUGACUGGUCCCAUCCCACACCAAAUAGGUAGUCUUACUAAACUCAUCCAUCUUGAUCUUUCUGGUAAUCAACUGACUGGCCCCCUCCCACACCAAAUAGGUACUCUAACAGGACUCACCUACCUUCACGUCUCUUCGAAUGAACUCACUGGUGUCAUCCCUUCAUCUUUAGGCCGUCUUACUAAACUCACCCAUCUUGAUCUUUCUAAUAAUCAACUCAAUGGUAGCAUCCCACACCAAAUAGGUACUCUCAUAGAACUCACCUACCUUGACCUCUCUUGGGGUGAACUCACUGGUGCCAUGCCUUCAUCUUUAGGCUGUCUCACUAAGUUGACUUCUUUGGACCUUGGUAUGAAUCAAAUCAAUGGAUCCAUCCCCCCAGAAAUUGGAAAUAUUAAGGAUCUAGUCACUUUAGACCUUUCUAAUAAUUUAAUCAGUGGAGAGAUACCUUCCAACCUGGAAAAUUUGAAGAGAUUAUGGCUCUUGGAUCUCUCGUAUAAUAGAUUGUCAGGCAAAGUCCCGUCCUUUAUCACCAACAAUUGCAAGCAAACAACAUUUGAUUUAUCCCAAAAUGAUCAUUUGGAGGGUUACUCCAUUUGCACUGGAGGACACGCAACCUCACUCACCCUUAUCAUCUCUUUGCCCCUCACCUUGUUUUUUGUAACCUUGAUACUGGGGAUUGCUUUUGGCCUUUGGUGGAAGAAAAGACAACUUCAACCAGAGUCAGUGCCAGUAAAAAAAAGAAGAGGAGAUUUUGGCCUUUGGUGGAAGAAAAGAAAAGUUCAACCAGAUUCAAUGUCAACCAAAAAAAAUGGAGAUUUGUUUUCCAUAUGGGACUAUGAUGGAAGAAUUGCUUUUGAAGACAUCAUCUUGGCAACAGAGGAUUUCGAUAUCAGAUAUUGCAUAGGUGUUGGAGGCUAUGGCAGUGUUUAUAGAGCACAACUGCCCAGUGGAAAAGUGGUUGCUGUGAAGAAACUUCAUCGAUCAGAAAUAGACGAGCCGGCAUACUUGAGAAGUUUUAAGAAUGAGGUACAGAUGUUAAAAGAAAUACGGCAUCGGAACAUUGUGAAACUGCAUGGUUAUUGUCUACAUAAUAGAUGCAUGUUUCUCAUUUAUAUGUACAUGGAAAGGGGAAGUUUGUAUUGUAUGCUGAGCAAUGAGGUUGAGGCUGUUGAAUUGGAUUGGGUUAAAAGGGUGAAUAUUGUUAAAAAUAUGGCCCAUGCUUUAUCCUACAUGCAUCAUGAUCGUACCCCACCAAUCAUUCAUCGGGACGUAUCAAGCAAUAAUAUUCUUUUAGAUUCAAAACUUGAGGGUUUUGUAUCAGAUUUUGGUACAGCGAGAUUAUUAGACCCCGAUUCGUCCAAUCAAACCCUUGUUGUUGGCACCUAUGGCUACAUUGCACCGGAGCUUGCCUACACAAUGGUUGUGACCGAAAAAUGUGAUGUAUAUAGCUUUGGGGUGGUGGCACUAGAGACAAUGAUAGGGAAGCAUCCUGGAGAACUUAUCACCUCAUUAUCAUCAUCGUUAUGUCAGGAUAUAAUGUUGAGGGAUGUAUUAGAUUCACGUCUACCACUUCCUGAAGAUCUUCAAGUUGCUAAAGAUGUAGUUUUUGUGAUACUUUUGGCUCUCAAAUGCAUCCAUUCAAAUCCGCAAUCUCGUCCAACAAUGCAACAAGUAUCCUACAAACUUCUUAGUAACAUACCAUUUCCUAAGUCACCCUUUUAUGCAAUUUCCCUCCAUGAAUUGAAGAAUCAAGAAAUGUAAUUUAACAACUUGUAUAUAUAUUAUAUAAAAUUAGUUUUUCUUGUUUUCAUGUUUCCAACAUGUGCUUGUUAUUUUUUUGUUUCUUCAUUGUGUUUGGAGGCUAUAAUAAAGAUGGAGAUGUCAUAAAGAACAUAUUCUUUU